CACCGGGAGCAGUGAGCAGAGAGGAUCCGUUAGUUGCAUGAAAUAACGGCAGAAACACCGAUGAUUUAGUUCGUUAAUCAGAGAUGGACCGACACCGGAAACAGCUGGAGGUGGCUUUUAAACCGGAAACGAAGCCGCGAAGUGAAGUUUUACCUUCAGAUGUCCGGAAAGUGAUCGUCGGCGAAGAGGAGCAGCAGGAGUGGAGCUCCAGUGUGGACCAGGAGGACCCAGAGCCCCCACACAUUAAAGUGGAAGACGAGGAACUGUGGAGCAGUCAGGAGGGAGAGCAGCUUCAAGGGCUGGAGGAGGCUGAUAUCACCAAGUUCCCAUUCACUCCUGUCCCUGUGAAGAGUGAAGAUGAUGAAGAGACACCUCAGUCCUCACAGCUUCAUCAGUCACAAGCUGAUGGAGACCACUGUGGAGGACCAGGACCAGGACCAGACAGAAAUUCGGAUCCGAACAGAUAUUUAGGACCGGUCAGUGAAGACGAGUCUCUGGACUCGUGUGAGACUGAAGUCAGUGACGGGAACUGGGAGGAGAACAGAGAACCUCAGUCAGGUUUCACCACUCUGACAUCUGAUGAUGUCAUCGUCGGCGAUAUUAACUGCGACUCUGUGGAACGAUCAUUCAGCUGCUCCGAGUGCGGUCAGAGAUUUGGCCGGAAGCCGCACCUGAACGCACACAUGAGGAUUCACACAGGAGAGAAACCAUUCAGCUGCUCUUUCUGUGGGAAAAGAUUUUCUCAGAAGGGAAACUCGAUCAGUCACAUGAGACUUCACACAGGAGAGAAACCGUUCAGCUGCUCCGUCUGUAACAAGACAUUUAGAUACAGUGGUGACGUUAGCCGACACAUGAGGAUCCACACGGGAAAGAAAUCGUCUAGCACUAGUGACAUCAUCAGCAGGAACGUUCACAUGACAUCCGAUCACAACAAUCGACCUUCAGAAGCCGAGGGCGACGUCAGCGCCGAGCCUCAGUGUGAUGAUGUCACCAUGAGCGAGGAGAGCCAUCAUGCUGACAAAGAGUCGUUCAGUUGCUCGGAGUGCGGGAGAACGUUCUGCCGCAGGGACCAUCUGAUGAGCCACAUGAGGACUCACACAGGAGAGAAACCCUUCAGCUGCUCGGUCUGUCAAAAACGUUUCAGCUGCAGUGGGAACAUUUUGGCACACAUGAGGAUACACACAGGUGAGAAACCGUUCCGUUGCUCGUUCUGCGCCAAAAGUUUCAGCCAGAAAGGAACUCUGCAGCUUCACAUCAGGAUUCACACUGGAGAGAAACCCUUCAGCUGCCCCUUCUGCGACAAACGCUUCGCGCACAAGAGACGCAUGACGCUGCACAUGUCGGUGCACACAGAGGAGAAACGCUUCUGCUGCGGUGCCUGUGACAAAAAAUUCACCUGGUACACGCAGCUGAAAACUCACAGGUGCGUCGGCGAGUCCCCGCAGCUCCGUCAGAGAGAGAAGAAGGCGCCCGCCGAGAAGUCAUUCGGCUGCAGCGAGUGCGGGAAGACGUUCAGCCUGAAGGGCAACCUGAAGACACACAUGAGGAUCCACACAGGAGAGAAACCAUUUGGCUGCUCUGUCUGUGGCAAGAGUUUCAAACAGAACGUGCACCUGACGGAGCACAUGACCAUUCACACAGGAGAGAAACUGUAUAAAUGCAGCGUCUGCGGCCGAGGGUUCAACAAGAAGUCACUCGUCAGGAACCAUCCAUGUGUUUGAGGUCAUCUGUCGCUGAUCCAUCAAAUUACAAAAAUCAGUAAAAAAAAA